UUGAUACUUACUUAGUAUUUGAUAUUUCCACAGAGUCAAAAGAAAUCCUUAAGAAAUUCAUGAGAUAUUCAAAGACCACCAGUUAUAUCCCAGUCAGCUCAGGUGCUUGUUUAUAAAUCUAAGCGCAACAAUUGAACUUGGAACAUAACUACUGUACUCACCCUCACACCAUUCUGGCACUAUUUUGACACUAUUCUGACUCUAUUCUCGCACCAUACUCCCCAUCUACACUACCGCUUUUUACUUCAACCAACCUACAGAAAGAAAAGGUCUGUUCACACGAUGAGUGCCGGAACAACUAGGCAUGAACCCCGUCCUCUAAGCGAGUCUUCGUCCGACUCGGAGGACUCCCGGGGCGAGGGCGAGGACUGGAGCGACGCCGAGGAAGACGAGGAAGAGACCCAAGAGGUCAUCUCACUUCUCGACGAUCGGGUCUUUCCCGAUGUCAUGUCGAUGCUUGCGCACUGCAGGGAGAAGUACGGGUUUGAUUUUCUGGGUGUUCGGCAACGACUACAGUUGGAUUUCCAUGGCUGUGUCAAGCUGGUCAAUUUCAUCCGUCAGCGGGUGCACGAAGGCCUCCCCGUGACCGAAGAUAUCUCAUGGACCUCCAUUGAUCAAGAGCAGUACCUAAAGCCAGUCCUUGAUGACGAUGCCGUCAUCCUGGGACUAUUCGACCUGCCCGAGCUCAAGCCAGAGGCAGCAGCAGCAGCAGCAGCGACAGCGGCGCAAGGCGGUAGCGAGGCGCUAGUCGACGACCUGCUCAAGCGCAACAGCGAACUCCAGGAGGAGCUAGCUCGCGUCGCAGCCCAGUUCGACAGUUAUCGUGUUGCCGUGCAGCAGACACUCGAUGAGCGCUGGGGUGACGUUGAUCAAGCCGAGGCCGAGGCUGCUGCUGCUGCUGCCAAGGCGGGUAAGGGCAAGGACGCCGUCGCCGAGAAGAAGGAUGACUCGAAGUCCUACUGGGAAUCUUAUGCUGGAGCUGACAUUCACGAAACAAUGCUCAAAGAUGCAGUGCGCACCGACGCAUACCGAGACUUCAUCUACAACAACAAGCACCUCUUCGCCGGCAAGACCGUGCUGGAUAUCGGCUGCGGUACCGGCAUCCUCAGCAUGUUCUGCGCGCGCGCAGGCGCUGCCAAAGUCAUCGCCGUCGACGCCAGCGCCAUCAUCACCAAGGCGCAGGAGAACGUCUUCCACAACGGCCUCUCGUCCAUCAUCCACUGUGUGCACGGUCGCAUCGAGGAGGCCGUCCUACCUGUCGACGAGGUUGAUAUUAUCGUUAGCGAGUGGAUGGGAUACUGCCUCUUGUUCGAGGCUAUGCUCCCCUCCGUCUUGUACGCACGCGACCGUUACCUAAAGCCGAACGGUUUGAUGGUGCCCUCGCACGCCAACCUCUGGGUCGCGCCCGUCGCCGACCCCCAGUACAUCGCCGACACCAUCACCUUCUGGCGCGACGUCUACGGCUUCGACAUGCGCGCCAUGCAGACCGGCAUCUACGACGACGCGCGCGUGACCACCUGGCCUCUUUCCUCUUCCUACCCUCCUUCCUCCUCCUCCGCAGCCGCCACCGCAGCAGCCAACAUCCUCUCCCUCUUCUCCUUCUCCGAAACCCCCAACCCCAACAACCCCACCGAAACCACCAUCCCCGGCCCCGCCAGCGCCUUCAAGCUCCUCGACCUCUACCAAGCCCAAACCGCCGACCUCUCCUUCACGGCCCCCUUCUCCAGCACCCUGACCCGGGACAUCGACGCCCUCGACGGCUUCCUCCUCUGGUUCGACAUCUUCUUCUCCCCGACCCGCGACGACGCCGCCACCAUCGUGUCCCAGUCCUCCCGCGCCGACGAGUGGGCCCGCCAGGACCCCCAGAACCGCGUCGCUUUUACGACGGGCCCGCACGCCCAGGAGACGCACUGGAAGCAGGGGUUGCUGCUUUGCAAGCCGGAGAAGAGCAAGAACAAGAAGAGCAACCAGGAGGGGGAGAAGAAGGAUGGGGAGGGAGAGGUGGACAACAGUACCACACAACCCACACCUUCUUCUCCCACAAAAAGGGGCGACGAGAUCAAAGGCGAAAUCACCUUCUCCAUCCCCGAAGAUCAUGCGCGCGGGCUGGCUAUGACGAUUACGUGGAACGGCAGGAAGCAGAUCUGGACGCUGCAAUAGAUGCCUAUCUAGAUACCUAAGACAGUAAAAAAAAAAAAAAAAAAGAUAUAGAAAAGGGGGGAGGGAAG